AUGUUUGCUUGUACUCAUCAGUUCGGUCCCCUAUCCAGAAUGGCUACGCGUCACUGCGGUAGAAAGGUUCCAUUCUCGGCCAUUAGUGCCAGUCGCUCAUGUGGCUAUGGCACAACCACCACAAGUCUCCAAAUGGCCAGCAAAAAGAACAAGAAUGCUCCUGACAAAUUGUUUCGGGCGGACCGUGUCUUGGCCAAUCGAGGAGUUGGAUCGAGGUCGGAAUGUUUUGAGUUGCUGAAACAAAAACGUAUCUUUCAAAAGAUUGACUCCAGUAUGCAACGGGUCAAGGGGCCCUCGGAAAAAUUAUCCAUGACGGCAUCCCUCUUUAUUGACGGCAAGAAUGAAGUACCAAAACCACUCCCACUAUUACGCGUGUAUCACAAACCAAAGUGGGUAUUGAGUGUCAUGAACGACAACAAGGGACGACCCACCGUGGGUGACUUGGACUUCUUGGGUGGCAGCGCCAAUGGUAAAUCCAAAAUGCAUCCCGUGGGACGAUUGGAUUAUGAUACCUCGGGACUGCUCUUGUUCAGUUCGGAUGGCAAAUUGACCCAACAACUCUUGCACCCCAAUCAUGAGAUUGAAAAGGAAUAUGUUGCCCUGGUGGUGGGCCAAGUGGAUGCGGAUGUUUUAAAGGAAAAAUUGGCGCAAGGCGUCACGACGAGCAUGGGUGCCUUCCCAGCAGACUUGUUGGAGGCAAAGUCAAUACCCAAAGAAGAAGUCAAAGAAACGAUAGAUGGGAUUCUCAAGAACUUGCCCGAGGAAUACGAUAUGGAACGAUUGGAAGAAAAGGGCUAUCUAUUCUUCAAGGAUGCCACAGAGUUGUCGGAGGUCCGGCUAGUAGUGCGGGAAGGCAAACAUCGCAUGGUGCGAAGGAUAUUGGCCAACUCGGGGUAUCCAGUGAUUGGAUUGAAACGAGAACGAUUGGGAGAUGUCUUGUUGGGGGAUUUGCCAGCGGGGGAGUAUCGAGAGUUAUCAGGUGCCGAAGAAAAGUGGGCCAACAAAGUCGCUAAACUGUGA